AAACAUUUACCAUAUAUGAAAUAUUUAUCACUAUCUUCUGUACCAGAAAACCAAAAUAGAGGAGUAAUCUGCAAAUAAGGUAAUAAUAUCUCUUGCAGGAGUGCCACAAUUCCUCUGUACAUCUUUGGUCUCUACAGAGAUGCAUUUGAAGUAUUUAUCACACAAUCCCACCAUUUCACAAACACACAAACAUACUGACGUCCGCCCACUUCCCACAUCCCUAUUCACCCCACCAAAUACACUCUCUCUCUCUCUCUCCCCCAUAUUUAUGUAACUUCCCCUCUGCUAGUCCUCACAGUGGCCUUCCUGCAGGAGUACAGUUGUCCUGUUCUUGCUUUGGUAUCCAGGUGGUUGUCAUUUGACUUCUAAUCAUGUCUGUUCAUUUUUGUUUAGCUUUGCUGGCUCUCUCCUCUCUGACUGCUGCAUCUGAUCCAGACUGCGAAGAGCUGCUUAAACCUCUGGAGGAUCGAAGCCGGAUUUCUGGAAAAUGGAUAUUCCAUGCUGGAACAUCAGACAACAAAGAGCUCCUAAAGGAACUUAAAACGAUCAAUAGCUCCUGGAUUGAACUCUCACCCAUAACUGACAGUGACGAUAUGACCCUUCACUGGGGAGACAAAAUGGAUGGAAAGUGUCAUCAUGGAGGCGUUAAUUCCACAUUCCUAGGAAACUCCACCAAGGUGACAUUUUACUUUAACUCCUCCAAUCAUGAGCACGUUGGGAAGCACCUGGUGACCUGUCCUGACUGCAUCCUGUGGACAGACACCUCAGUGAUGGAAGGCAAUGGGGAAACCAGAAAAGGCAGAAACCUCUACCUUUUCACUAAGUCUGGGAAAUUGGAUCCCGCUCAUCUGGAAGUGUUCAGGAGACAGGCUACGUGCCUCAACUUCCCACCAGAAUUCCACUUUGGAGAAACCAAAGACCUGUGUCCUGAUGAGAAGGUGGCUGCCACAGAUGCAAAGGAGGAAGAACAAUAGAGAAAACAUACGUUGAAGCGACUGUUGUCACCUCAAAUCUAUCCUGAGACCUGAAGUUACUCCAUGAGUCAAAUUUGUAUUCAAAUAUGCUUGUGUAUAUCGCAGAUGUCUUGAUAGAUGUGAAGAGAACACCUUUUUUCCAUCCUGCAAGAUGAGGAAGGAGCUACUUACCUGUUGACUUGAUAUUUUCAGUAGAUUGCUGUAUUAAAGAGAACUGAAUAGACUGAUUUCACAUUUACUGUCAGAUUAAUUAAUCAUGAUGGUUACCACUUAGAUGCCUUUUUCUUUUAUGCAUAUAAAGCUUAACAAAAAGAAACACUGUUUACAUGCUUCUAUUUUUCAGAAAUGCAAUCUAUUUCUGCCUCUUGAAAUUUAUAGCUGACACUACUAAGUAACUUCCAGUGAGCCUCCAGUGAUUUCUGCAAAACAUUGUCCAACACAGGCCGCAAUAAAGUCAGAGUUUUUUAGCAACUGCAA